AUGGAAAAUCUUAAGGAAAAUACUAAGCGGACCGGCGCCCACGAGCGCAUCGUCGGCGGCCAUGAGGCCAGCAUCGCCGACCACCCCUGGCAGCUGGCCUUCGAGCUCGGCGGCGACCAGCGGUGCGGCGCGUCGCUCAUAGGCCCCUCCUGGGCGCUGACCGCCGGCCACUGCGUCGAGGACGUCCACCUGUACUACUUGGCGCUGCGGGCGGGGUCCUCCGACCCACAGCGGCAGCGGCCCGUCCAGGCGGUAGACAUCAACGUGGUGGACCACGAGACAUGCCGCCAGGUGUUCGUCGCUGUGAAUGCCGUGACGGAGCGCAUGAUCUGCUCUGGAGAGUUCUCGCGUGGCGUGUGCAUCGGCGACUCGGGUGGCCCGCUGGUCAACAAUGGCACGCAGGUGGGCAUCGUCUCGUGGGGGCUCGGCUCCUGCGAAGUCGGCCUCUCCGUCCAGACCAAUGUCGGCUAUCUGAGGGCCUGGAUCCGAGACACCGCCGGCAUCUAG